UGGAUUUGGAAUGACGGACUUGAUAAGCCUCAUCAGUUUAACUGAAAAUAACUAGGCUGCGGAGAGACACAGCAGAGUGCAUAGCCUUUCGAUAGUGCGGUGCCAAAGUGACUCGAUUUUAAAUAAUACACAACGGGAUUAAAUCUAACGCUUCAGGGUGGACUGGCAGUUUGAUUAAUUUCGGUGAUAUCUACCUGUUAUUGUCAACUGGAACCCCGCAUAAAGAGAGCGCGCGAAAGCUUCUUKUUGGAAAGCAUAGGCUAAUGCCGCUCUGUGGCUCUGUCCAGCGCGCACAGGACUGAAAAGACAGACGCGCAUGAUUCAGGACAACAAGGCGUCUCAACAGUUUUCGGGAAUGAAAACUUCAACAUGGCAAAAUAAACCCAUCCUGCAUACCUGUUUGAAACGAUGCCUACAUGAAAAUCCCUUUCACGACUGCCGCUUCCGCUCGGACCGGCCGUCACAGAGCGGCUUCUUCUUUUUCUAUUGGAAGAGAGGGAGAGAGGAUCCUUUUCCGUGCGAGAGCGGCUGUCCGCAGAAAUGCCAGGCAACCUCACUGUCUCAAACAACACCGUGCUAGUUCUGGGUGCUGAGAUUAACACCGCACAAACCCGGAACACUGACUAUAACUUCCCUGCUCUGAUACUCGGAAUAUUGCUAAUUGUGGUCAUMAUUUGUGGRAAUYUGCUUGUGUGCCUUAGCGUGUACARGGAAAAAGCUUUGAAAACUACAACCAACUACUUCAUAGUCAGUCUGGCUGUGGCUGACUUGAUGUUGGCAGUUUUGGUUUUGCCACUGUUUAUAUAUGUGGAGUUCCAGGAUGGUCUAUGGUCACUGAACAUGCACAUCUGCGAUGGCCUGAUGACCAUGGACGUGAUGUUGUGUACAGCCUCCAUAUUMAACCUCUGUGCCAUCAGCAUCGACAGGUUCAUCGCUGUCUCCAUCCCACUCAACUACAACCGUAAGCACGUGGACCAGAGACAGAUCUUCCUGCUCUCCGCUACGUGGAUCCUGGCCUUGGCGGUGGCCUCGCCCGUCAUGUUCGGCAUCCAAAACGUCCCCCAGCGGGACCCAACAGAGUGUAAGCUAGAAGAUGACAACUACGUGGUCUACUCCUCUGUCUGCUCCUUCUUCAUCCCCUGCCCCAUCAUGCUCCUCCUCUACUGCGGGAUGUUCCGGGGCUUGAGGAGGUGGGAGGAGGCGCGCAAGGCCAAGCUGAGGAGCAGCAUCCAGGCCUGUAGGAAGUUCCAGGAGGCUGCUGCCUCCUUGCCCCCGCUGGCCUCCCUGCCUCCUCCUCUGCCCCCCGUUAUCAAGCGGGAUGAGCUGACAGACAUGAAGCGGGAGCUAAAGGAUAUUAACCUGGAGGAGCUGGACCCUUACCCCCUAGAGUCUCCAGACGGCCCCUAUAACAACUCUUCACCAGACACUCCAGACUUUCCCUAUAACUCCUCAACAACUCCAGAGUACAAGGAUGGUCCUGUGCCCACUGUGGUGGCCUACUGUAACAUUAAGCAUAACCUCCACCUCACACCAGACUCUCACAAGAAGAAGAGGGCCAAGAUUAAUUGCCGAGAGAGGAAGGCCAUGAAAGUGCUUCCUGUCGUUGUGGGUGUCUUCCUGUUCUGCUGGACCCCGUUCUUCGUGGUCCACACCAUGCGGGCCCUGUGUGCCACCUGCUUCAUCCCCCCCGCCCUGAUGAGCAUUGUCACCUGGCUAGGCUACGUCAACAGCGCCCUCAACCCCAUCAUCUACACGGUCUUCAACACAGAGUUCAGGAACUACUUCAAGAAAUUCAUCCACAGCUGCUGUACAUACCGGUAGACAAGACGGCACAGCUAGCCUGGUUCCAGAUCGGUUUGUGCCGUCUCGCAAUCUCUUAUGGUCAACUCCUAUGGCAACGUCAGUUGGCAACACAGCACAAACAUAUCUAGGGCCAGGGUAAGCCACCGCCGCCAAUAAAUGGACAAGAAAGCACAAACGAUACCAUUGUAUAGAUGUGACAAUAUCAAAUCUGAGCUUUGCUGUAGAGUAUAUCUUGCCAUUGCAUAUUUUUCUCCCAAUUGGGAUUUUAUUUUUGUACAUAAUGUUUUCUGUUGAUUUACGCUUGUGAUUUAUCUUAUUGUGACAGCAAUGUUUGUUUGUCAGCUGGCCAUAUGCCGUUUCAAUGUUUAUUGUGGAAAUCUUUGUGGUGAGGAAUAGCAUUGAAUCCAUUCAACUGAAAAAGAUAUUCAGAAAUAGAAGCCAUUUCUGAGGUUAUUAGAGGUAACUGAA